CCCACACAAACAUCAUCGAUUCCUAGUACAAACCCGACGCAUCUUCAGUCCAACUGUAUCACUAACGAGCUCACCAAUAUUAACACAACGUUGCAGACAAUCAAACAGCACACAUCCAGAAAAGCAUCAGCCUUGUUUGCCACGAUGGGCUUUGUGGCAAACAAUGAAGAGCUACAGCUUCGACAACCGAGGUCUGAUGAAUUACAGUUCUUGACGAUACCCGCAACACCAGAAAACACACCAGUAGUUACGAUGAGCGAUCCAGCGGGCGAUCAUAUGGCUGCUCGGGGCACGGAGAUACAAGACGUCGCAACCAGCAAUAACUGCAAUGAUACCCCUACUCUGGAGAAAGAAUCUUCUCCCCCUGAGCACUAUGAGCCAGCCGCUCGCCGUAUAUCCACUGACGAAAACUACACAGACGGAGAAGAAGACUCAGAUGAAUACCUAUACGCCUCUCUCGACCCCAACACCACACUGGCAAUCCCCAUCACAAACCCCUCUGCCUUCCCCAUCCAACGCCUCCAGGAAGUCCAAGCGCAGUACUACCCCAGCACCCACGUAACCAACAUGCUGGUUCACAAAACGCCCUCAGGUCCGAUCACCAAAGUAGCCGCCGACAUUCAAGACGGCUCGGUCAACCACCUCUUUAUCCGCGACACACGCCUGAUCAACGCCCUCGGCCUCGCGCUCCCAGCUUUCGAUACCAUCAAUCUCGACACCACGCAACUCCGGCUCGAUGAGACAUUCACGAUCGAUAUCUUUCCCGGUCAGCGGCCGAAUGAAGUCGAUGAGUGGAUAAUGGGCGACUUGGUAAGCGCGAGGCAUGCGUAUUUGUACUGGUUGGAUGAGCGUAGGUCGGCGGAUCCGAGGUCACCGCCGUAUGCGGCGGAGGCGAAGGCGAUUGCGAGAAAGACAGGGAGGCGGUACCCAGAUGUCAUGAGGGAGAUUGAAGGGGUGUGGAAGUUGGAGCAGGGGAGUAACGGGAGGGAGUAUAGAGAGAAUCGGGUGAGGUAUUUGGGUGAGAAUCCGACGUAUCCGGAAGGGGCGGAGGAGAAGAGGGUUGUGAGGAGUAUGUUUGGGUAGGUGGUGAGAGCAUUUGAGGACUGCCGUACGUUCGGAUUAUGGGCUAAUGUUGUGU